AUGUUUUUCUUCCACGUGGAUGCAAACAAGAAUCAAACAUCAAGCUCUUCAGUCUCGGGCCUAAGUUGUGGCGACAUAGCUAAACGCACUAAGAAAGUCGGAAUCAUCGGUAAAUAUGGGACCCGCUACGGUGCCUCCCUCCGAAAAAUGGUGAAGAAAAUUGAAAUCAGUCAGCACGCCAAGUACCCUUGUUCUUUCUGUGGCAAAACCAAGAUGAAGAGACAGGCUGUGGGGAUCUGGCACUGGGGUUCCUGCAUGAAAACAGUGGCUGGUGGUGCCUGGACCUACAACACCACUUCUGCCGUCACAGUCAAGGCUGCAAUCAGAAGGCUGAAGGAACUGAAAGACCAGUAG